UCGGCGGAAGACUCCCCACUGAGGCAGCCUCGGGGCAUGCUGGGAAACCUGAGGUCGAUCUCAGCUCCUGGAAGACCCGCUCCUGUGCUUCUUGGACCUUUGCUGCGUGAGAGAGGGAGGCGGAGAAGUAAUUUGCGGUGGGUGGUGGCGGGCUGCGGCUCGCUGCUCUGACUGCUGAGACUUUGAGCUCCCCAACUCUUGGCGUAUGGGAAGAACCAGGUAGACCCGCUCCUGGUUAGUGAACCUGAGUGUGCGCAUGUGCAAGAAGAGCCGCAGGGCAGCGACAGUGUUCUGCGCUGUAAAAGUGUGGCUGGGGGAGAGGAGAGUCUGGGGGUCCCGGGAUCUUCGCGCCACCUCUCCAGGCCCGGGGGCGCAUAGACACAUUGAUCCGUCCAUCAGUCACCUGCUGUGUCCCAGGCUAAUGAGGAGGCUGGGUAGGGCUGCAGGCUCUAAAGAGGAAGUCUCCCCCCCUCAGGGCUGCCACCCCCUGAAGGACCCCAGGGUGGCCCCAGCAGAGAACCUGCAGCCAGAGAAAUGGACCCCGGGACCCCGAGGCCCCCCUUCCAGGGUUCAAUAACAUUCAAGGAUGUGGCUGUGGACUUCACCCAGGAAGAGUGGUACCUUUUGGACCAUUCUCAGAAAGAGCUGUACCUGGAGGUCAUGCUGGAGAAUGUGCAGAAUCUACUCUCUGUGGGGCUUCCAGUUCCUAGAGAAAAUUUUAUUUCUCAUAUUCAGCAAAGAAAAACAUCAUGGCUGCUAGAGCAAAAAGGCCCAAGGAGUUCCUCUCUAGAUUUUGAAGUGAAAGAGGUGUCUGCAAAGCUGAGCCAUUUUGUGGAAGGAACUGGCCCCCAAAGAUGCAUGAAUGAGGUUGCCCAUGACUUCAUUUUUAGCGAAAUCUGUAAUGCUACUAUUAAAGAAAUUAAAAAUCCAAAGACUGACUAUGAAUUUGAUGAAACUGCCACAAAAUUCAGCCAAUAUACAGUCCUCAAUCAGUAUAUUAAAUUUACCUUAGGAAAUGACUGUUGUCAUGAUAGUAAACAUAGGAAAUGCUUUCCUGAAGAAGUAGGACUUGUUCAGUCACCUGAGAAACCUGAAAUGCCCAUGUAUCAAGGUAACGUAGGAGGAAUGGCUUUUGGCUGGAGUUCAGACCUCAUUAGACAUGCAAAAAAUAAAGGUGUAAAGAUACAUUCUGUGAGUGAUAAUGGUGGGAGACCAUUUAAUCAGAACUCUGAGUUUGCUGCACAUCAGAGAAUCUACACUAGAGAGAAACCUUAUGAUUGUAAACAAUGUGGAAAAGCUUUUACGGAGAAGGGAUCUCUUGCUGCACACCAGAGAAUUCACACUGGAGAGAAACCUUAUGAAUGUAAACAUUGUGGAAAGUUUUUCAGACAGAGGGGCUCUCUUACUGUACAUCAGAGAAUCCACACUGGAGAGAAACCCUAUGAAUGUAAACACUGUCGAAAGGCUUUUACAUGGAAGGACUCUCUGGUUGCACAUCAGAGCAUCCACACUGGAGAGAAACUUUAUGAAUGUAAAAACUGUGGAAAGGCUUUUACACGUAGGGCAUCUCUUGCUAAGCAUCAGAACAUCCACAAUGAAGAGAAACCUUAUGAAUGUAAACAGUGUGGGAAGGCUUUCAAAGAGAAGGGAUCUCUUGCUGCACAUCAGAGAAUUCACACUGGAGAGAAACCUUAUGAAUGUAAACAUUGUGGAAAGUUUUUCACACAGAGGAGCUCUCUUGCUAAACAUCAGAGAAUCCACACUGGAGAGAAACCUUAUGAAUGUAAACAGUGUGGAAAAGCUUUUACAUUGAAGUACUCUCUGUUUGCACAUCAGAGCAUCCACACUGGAGAGAAACUUUAUGAUUGCAAACAGUGUGGAAAGGCUUUUACAUGUAGGGCAUCUCUUGCUAAGCAUCAGAGCAUCCACAUUGGGAAGAAACCUUAUGAAUGUAAACAAUGUGGAAAGGCUUUCAAAGACAGGUGUCAUCUUGCUGCACAUCAGCGAAUUCAUACUGGAGAGAAACCUUAUGAAUGUAAACAGUGUGGAAAGGCUUUCAAAGAGAGGGGCCAUCUUGCUACACAUCAGAGAAUCCACACUGGAGAGAAACCAUAUGAAUGUAAACACUGUGGAAUGGCUUUUCUAUGGAUGGACUCUCUGGUUGCACAUCAGAGCAUCCACACUGGAGAGAAACCAUAUGAAUGUAAACAGUGUGGAAAGGCUUUUACACGAAGGGGAUCUCUUGCUAAGCAUCAGAGCAUCCAUACUGGAGAGAAACCUUAUGAAUGUAAACAGUGUGGAAAGGCUUUCACGUUGAGGAGCAAUCUUGCCAGACACCAGAAAAUCCACACUGGAGAGAAACCUUAUAAAUGUAAACAAUGUGGAAAGGUUUUUACAUGGAAGGAGUCUUUUUCCAGACAUCAGACAAUCCACACUGAGGAGAAACUUUAUUGUAGGGGAUAAAAAUCAUACUUUAUUCUCCAGCAUGCAUUAAUUAGUAUUAGUAAUUGUAAAAAUUAAAUCUUUAAUCUCUAAUAAUAGAAAUAUUAUAUUUUAUGGAGAUUUAUUAAAGAUCAUUAGAAAUCAAGAAAUAAAGAGGAUACAAAAUAGAAACCACUUGUCCAUGGCUGGUUAGCCAUUUUUAGCCAUCCCCCGAUUCUACAUCAGAGAGGAGGAGCCUUAAUGCCCACUCCCAUUAUCCUCUGUAUACAGGAAGAACAUAAUGACAGGAAUUCAGUGGGCUCUUCAGAUAUGUAGUUCUUUUUUAGGGUAACAGAUUUUCAAUUUUACGUAAUCUCUGAUUUUGAUACAUAAUCCUACAGAAAAGUUGUGAAAAUUUGGUGCCCUUCAGAAGGGAGACACUAAUUUCUCCUUAUGAAGAGAAGAGACAUCCCCCUCUCCAGCAGCUUUUUAUAUAUACAUAUACACCUUUAAUUCACUCUUUUCUAAUGUGGCUGACCUCCCCCUUUAAAAAAUUCAGAUUCAGAAUUCUGAAGGGAGUCAUGGAGUGCAUUUAGUCAUGAGGAUAGAAUGGCAGCAGGAAAAAGGCAGCAAUAGAGUCAAGAAAUCAGGAGACAGAGUCAGGGGGAUGUUAUUUACCCUACCCCCUGGAAUGCCUUUCUGGGAGGCCCAGGGGAAAUAGAAAACCACAACUGGCUCCUGAGUCUUGAUGAGUGAGUGUUAGUAGGAGGAAAAAAGUUUAAUAAACUGAGGCAGGAGCAGAUUUCACUCUCUUCUCUUUUGGUUUUGUUGCUUGCUGGACUUUCCUGUGAGCAUGGCUGUGGGGCCCUGAUGCCAAGGACAGAAUAGCCAGCUAAAUGGAACAAUCAGGAAAGUAACUUGUAUAUCUCUCCUCUUUUCCUCUCUUCUGAGGCCCCAAGACACAAGGAACAGCCAUGAGGUCACUGCUUGCCUGCCACCCUGGCAUCCUCAGUAUGGGCUUUUCUUCCCAGAACUGCCUCCUAGUACUAGGAGACCCUGCUCCCUUACUUAGGAUCUCACAAACGAGUGCACUGCCACCAUUGUAUUGGCAUACAAUGAAAAUGCAGGCAAUUUAAAAGCAAGGUAAAACAAAAUGCAAUUAAACAUAAUUAUAUAAAAUAAAGUGAAAUUAAACAAAAUUUAUAAAAUAAAGAAAAAUACACAAAAUUAGUUAAUUUGGUGCACCAAUUCAGUAGUCCAUCAUUUCAAAACUUAGUUCUUUGCAUUGAUUUAUUAUUUAGCCCUAACACCAAUGUCCAGCUUUGUUGGCUUUUAAAAUAAACUUAAAGGAAGUUGUGUCUAUAUUUUUUAUUAGAGUAUUGUAAAUAUUUUGGAGUUCUUUAAUUGGUUGAUUUCGUGGAACUCACUGCUGGGCUCAAGUCUCAGUACCACAUACCUGUGGCAGGUGCCAUAACUUUUACUUCCCCACCCCAAGUUGAGGCAGGAACCCCAAACAGAUAGGGAAGAAAGACUGGGGAUUUUUUCUAAAUUUUGGGAAGAAAAACAGCUUCUGGCCAGAUAACCAAUUAACAAUUCCCUCAUUAUGGGGACUAUUAAUAUGAAGAAGUCAAGUCGAAUUCCCCAAGGUUCACCAUUGUAUAAAUUACUAAGUUAUUUGGAUGAACCAGGAUUUCCCAAGGAUCAUUGGAUGUCACAAAAGGAGGCAGGCUGUGUGAAGCCUGGACAUUGAAUCUUUUACCUGGUACUACUUUGACUCUUUAGACUUUAAAAUUCUAAAAGAAUUGAAACCAGCCAAUGGCAGCAAGAUUCCAGAGAAUAUUCCAAUUUGUAGCUCUGGGCAUAUCACCUUGAUGAUUCAACCAAGCUGAGUAUUACCGAUAACCUUUAAGUUCAAUCUGAAAAAAAACUGAACCCCUGGCUUCCCAUCUUGCCUGCCAUGAGGCUACGCCUUGUCUUGAUUCAGGUCAUCCUGACUCCUUUAGCACUUCCCCCUAACAUUCCUCUCUUACCUCCCAGCCAACUUUUGAUACCAUUUCUCUGUUCCCACUCACUGGUAACUUGUGCCCUGUCCACUCUUUUUCUUUAUGUGCUGUAAAAAUGGACUUGAAUCCAGGACUUCAAUCCCCAGAAUGCUUUGUCAUAUCACUGAAUUCUCACCUGAGCUGAGAGUGAGAUGGGGUAUUUAACCUGGUUGUGAAUAGGCUCUGCACUCUUUUUACUUCUGCUUCGGAGCACACACGGCUCUCCACUUAGCAGGCAAGAUGUGAGUGGUCCUGAAUAGGCUCUCUGGGCCUAGACACGUGCUUUUCUUACUUGUGUUUUCUUUAUAUUUUAAUCUUCAAUAAACCUCUAAAAAUAUAA